UUAUUUUUCAAUCCGUAAAUGUUUAAAAUCAUCGUUUCAUUCUACAAUUUUGUCCCUUUCAAAUACUUUUAAUUUGGUAUUUAGCAGGUUUUACCUAGCUCCUAACGUUACGUGUCCAACCUUCUUGUUCAACAACUCCACUUGUGAAUUUCUCCUCUUCUUCCUUUCUCUCCACUUCCUCAAGUCAACUCCAACUAUAUAUACACACACAAACACACACAAAAUCUGCAGCUAGUUAAUUUACCUUUUUAAUUUCCAAAUAAGAAUACAAGAAUCAUAUCUUCCUUAUCUUUAUUCAACAUGAGUAGCUACAACCAAAACGAGGCUCGAGGAACAGCCUAUGCACAACAGCAGCCACAAGGUGAUGCUUUUGUGGCACCUCCACCGCCGGCUGGUUAUCCAACUCGAGAUGUACAAGGCGAUUCAUCUGCUCCAGUCACUACUCAAUCCAAAGGUGAUGGGUUCUGGAAGGGCUGUUGUGCUGCCUUGUGUUGCUGCUGUGUCUUGGAUGCUUGUUUCUAACAAGUGAUCGACGCCAGUUUACCUCAGUGUGCAUGGAUGAUUUACUUUUAUUCCUUGUAAUGUUAUAUAUGUUUUUAAACAUCGUUAUAGCCUUGUCCAGAUUUCUUGAUGUAAAAUUUGUUUGGGGAGUUACUUUCUUUUUUUACACCCCUUUAUGACAUUCGUUAAGCGUAUGUUUUGAUAUAUUGUUUAAUUAAUUAACCUUUGCUGGUUCUUUAGUGUGAUAA